AUGAGGCGGAUAGCGAGGAUACGGACAGCGUCGGCGCUUCUGCGCCCCAGGGCGACUGUACCGUCGAUGUCGGUCUCCAAUGCCUCUCCGCGGACGGCCCCCGUCUGCCUCAGGAGACCAAUCUCUACCUAUCGCCCUCUCUACAGCAAACAGACCGAGGAGCUGCCGGCGCAAGAGGAGUCGGCUGCGCUCGAAGAAUACGAUGCCGAGCCCGUCGACAUCCAGACCGAGCUCCAAUUGCCGCCUGAGAUCAUGGUGGCUCCCCGGCCCGAAGAGAUCACCGACUCGUCCUACGUGCCUGCAGACAACGCCGAGGGUCUGGAGGAGGUCGGCGGCCUGGCCGACUACUGGGAGACCCAAGAGCACUGGAACCCGUCCGUAGAGAUCAGAGGGUUCGGACCUUUCGCAAAGGUGACGGACCCGGCUGUUCUGCAGGUGUGCGCCAGGAGAGCCGUUGUCGAGGCGGUUGCGGUGCGGGACUCUGCGGCCUCGGCCGAGAACAAGCCUAGUCUGACCGGGCUGUGGGAGCGAGGCGGCCAGGAGGAGCAGACCCAGGCCCUGGGUCUACAGAUUGAGGUCGCAGAGAACGGCGCGGCCAGCCUGAAGGGCGACGCCGAGGGCGUGGUGAAGGGCCUGACGUGGGACCCCGAGGCGGAGGCAAGCCCUGCUGCCGAGGCCGGCAUCGAGGCCAGUGAGGCACAAGAGCUGCUACAGUCGUGGGAUGCAAGCUGGAAGCGGAUAUCGCUCGAGGACCCGGCUUUCAAGUUUGCAGUCACCAAGCGCAUCCAGCAACUCACCGGCCACCUUCUCCCCGACGCCAAGCUCGCCUCGGUCCGAAACGUCGGCGCUCUCCUGGGCGUUCUGAUCGCGCCGCCCAAGCCCAAGAAGCUGGCCGACGAGAUCAUCGCCAACGGCGAGCUGGUCAACCUGCCCAACGUCACUGUGCACGCGCGGAGGGUGACGCCGAUCGACAAGGAGCAGGCCGUCGGCCGGUGGAAGGUCAUCGUGGAGGAGCUCCAGAAGCGGGAUCUCCCCGUCACGGGCACGGCUGGCUACGGCAAGCCCAUCGAGAAGAGGUGGGCUACUGGCCAGGUGUAG